AUGCUAACUUUGGCACGAAAUUUUAUUACCUUCUUCUUUAUUUUCAAAGAUCAUAUUGUAAUGGAGUUUUGUACAUGUUCUUGGUCCAUUACAAGCUUGAUCUUAGUGAUUUUGCAGCUGUUGUUAUGGAAUAGAAGCUUGUACGCUAAUGGAUGCUAUACGUCCAUCUUCAGCUUUGGCGACUCACUGGCCGACACGGGUAAUAUUAAACAACUCGCCGCCAUAUCACAUGCGGACGUUCAGUCUCUUCAGCCUCCUUACGGCGAAACCUUCUUUCAUGAACCCACCGGUCGUGCCUCCAAUGGACGCCUCAUCAUCGAUUUCCUAGCUGAGAGUCUUGGGUUGCCACUAAUACCACCGUUUCUGCACGAUAAGGAGAGUGACAAUGUGGUGGCUUUGGGACAAGGAGUUAAUUAUGCAGUCGUGGCAGCAACAGCAUUGGAUACAUCAUUUCAUGAAGCAAGAGGGACUGUUGAUCCUACAGCAAAUGUAUCUUUAGGAGUUCAAUUGGCAUGGUUUAAACGAUCAUUGACCUCUAUUUGCAGCAAAGCCUCAGAUUGUAGAAACAUAAUUGGGCGUUCUUUGAUCCUAAUGGGAGAGAUUGGUGGAGGCGAUUACAACAAUGCAAUAUUUGGCGAUAAGCCAAUCGAGGAGGCCCAAUCAUAUGUUCCUCUUGUUAUUGAUACAAUCAUCUCAACAGUCAAUGUAACUACUCAAAUCGUUCAAGAGCUAAUUGAUAUGGGGGCUCAAACACUGGUUGUUCCAGGAACCUUUCCACUUGGGUGUUCUAGUUCAAUUCUAACAAAACUAAACCACCUUCGAGAGCUUCAUCCGAAUGUCAUCAUCAUCUAUGCUGACUACAACGAUGCUGCCAUGCAGAUUAUAUAUUCUCCAGUUAAAUUUGGAUUCACAAAUCCGGUUUUGAAGUCGUGUUGUGGAGGUGAAGGUCCAUAUAACUACAAUAUAUUGGCCCUAUGUGGACGAGCAUUUUCGACCGUGUGUAAUGACCCCGAUGCAUAUGCUUACUGGGAUGGAAUACACUUUACAGAAGCUGCAUACAGAAUAAUUUUCAAGAGUUUAUUUCAAGGCCAAUAUACUACACCCCGCUUUAAUUCCAUGUGUCCUACACCUACACCUACAUCAACAUCACAACUCAGAGUUGCUUUAUGGAGAUCACAAAUACAACGGUGA